AUGUCAGAUGAAUCACCUUCAACAAUGGCCAUAAACAAUGGACAUGAUAAGAGAAAAAUUAAAAUAUCCAAAGAUAAAGUGAAAUCAUCUUUUUAUUAUUCCGAUUUAGCUACAAGAUUUUUAGAGACAGAAGAUUAUGUAGAUAUAUCUGGUUUAGGAAGAGCAAUUUCAAAAGUUUGUUUAACAGUUGAAUAUUUAAAAUCAAAUAAUGUCAUUACAGUAAAAAAAAUACAGACAGGUAUGAAUUCAAGUGUAGAAUUAAUUGUCACUGUUGAGAAAGGUCCAAAUCAUUCGGAAUAUUUAAAGUCAAUGGAAGAGAGAAAGAAAUCACCUCCAAUGCAUGAUGAUGAUUGA